AUGGUCUCUGCAAUGAAUGAAAUGCAGUGUAUUCGCAGCUCAUCAAUGUCUAAACCUAGCACGUCAGCGCCAGGAUUUUCCGAUCUUAUGGGAAAUAGGCAAGAAAUGACUAUGGACAUGUCCAACCAAUAUGCCAGCGGAGAACAAUCCUUGGUGGAUGACUAUCCCACCAUGGAUUCGUCUUGGACCCGAAAAUUCUACAUUCAAACAUCUGCCAACAAUGUCACCACGGGUGACAUCUUCGACGAAAACCUCUCGUACUCCGAAAACCUCUCACCGAAUUAUCAUACUCAAUUCGACAUCCAAUCAUCCUUCCUGAACCAAACUCGCCUUAGUACUGCUACUACUCCAGCCGAUGUACCAGACUCGGAAAUUGAGGAGGAAAUAUGGGGAGACUCCAGAGAGGAGCAUCGUGAUAUGAGUUGGAAAAGCGCACCUAAAAUCCCCAUGUCGGGAUCUCCUCCUGUUCGACCGCAGAUGAGUAAGUCUGCACUCAGGUAUCCGACUGAAGGAGAUUCGGACGCAGAAAGCCAUUCCGAAUUAGGGUCACCACAGCCAUUCCAGCACGUCGGAAAAUAUAACGACUUUCAAGCCACGGGUCGGGCUUCCAGUACUUCUCAAGGUAGGGACAGAGACGGGUACUUGAUGAGCAACUACAUCUUCCACAAUCCAACAAACUCGUUCCAUUCUCGCAUCCCAGUUCCAGUUGAAGGAGAGCCUGCAAAUAUCCAUGAGAAAAGCGGGAUAUCUAUCCGGAUUAAGGAGGGCGAAUUAUUCCAAGUCCGCCGAAACUAUCAGAUGACCAAAGACCCUGAUGUUUUCAGAAAGGUGUAUCUUGCCUUCAGCGAAUACAAGCAGUUGAUGAUACUCAGAGGAAAGCCAGAAAGAAUCAGUGAAUGGCCCAAGUAUAAACAAAAGCCAUUUCCCGGUACACAACGCAACCUUAGCAAAGAAGGAGACAUCACUGGCACUGAGUCCAGUCUGUUCUCUCGACACGCCACUGCACUGAAUCCUCUUGAAGACGGCAACGUUGAUACCUCUGGGCUUACGCUCAACUCUCCGAUCUUUGAUGAUGCAUACUCGACUGACGGGGAAUAUUCGGACACGUCCAUGUCUUCCGAUGAUGAAGAUUCGUUUUCUCUACCUCCAUUGCCUACAAGAGGGUCAAAGGGCACCAUUCCAUACAACAAGAGAUUUGACCACGGCCAAAUCCAAGCUCAUCUUACGGAGAAAGAGAUGUGCAUUAUCCGAAAAGGAUACGCCCCCGACAACCUUCUCGCACUAUCUUGUUUCAGAAAACCUCAAAGUCCCAGUCUUAUAAAUUCUUUGGCUGGACAACGAAACAAUCCAGAAGUUACAGAUAUUCGACGAACUCGCAUCACCCAGGCCGAGUGGACCAAGCUUCAAGAAAUCAGAGGAUACCCCAACGUCGUUUAUGACGAUGAGUACAAAGGCAGCAUCUCCAAGGCUGACCGUGAUCGUGGAAAUUUCCACUUGGAGCAGCACCUUGAGAGGUUGAGACACGGUGAUAGAUCUCGCAAUCGGCGUAGCAGCAAGGAAAAAUUGCGCAUGAGGAGAUCGAAGCGUAGAUCUCGCUCGUCCCAAUGA